AUGAGUGUCACACCUCCCUGUGAAUGCUGGACCGAGAACAAGACCAAAGGACAUGACACGGACAGCAUCUUCGUGGACUUUAACAAUGCCUUCGACAAGGUGCCGCACGAUCGCCUUCUGCGAAAGCUGUCCAACCUAGGUGUAGGUGUGGUCAUGCUUAACUGGCUCCUCAUCAACCGAAAAUUCUGCGUCCGUGUUGGCAAAUCGCUAUCUGCGUGGUAUUCCGCACCCAAUGGGGUCCCCAAGGCAGGGUUCUUGGUCCAUUACUCUUUUUUGGUUUAUGUGAACGUCCUACCCAGUCAACUGUGCAGCCUUUCCCUCAUGUAUGCGGAUGACAUCAAAAUCUGGCAUACAAUCAAUGCCCCGAAUGAUCGAAAAUCUCUUCAAGCGGAUUUGAACAACCUGGCUCAGUGGGUGGACACCUGGGCUCUUCCAGUCAACACGGCAAAGUUUGCUCACCUGCACUUGGGGCGGGCAUGA